AUGGUGAUCUCUGGACUGAGUGGAAAAAAUAGAAUGCUUGAUAUUGACAAGAUUGGACUAUUGAUAACGGAUUGGGACGAUACCGUUACUGAUGGAGACACCAUGGAACUGUGCUUCAAUGCGGUGAGCCAGAGCAAGCCCGGCAGUUUGUACGAUCACAGUUAUUUUCUCAAAUUGUAUUUGCAAGCCCGAAAUGAAUUUUUGGCCCAGAUAUCCUCGAAGCCGUAUUCGAAGAGGGCAACUUUCAGCGAGGAGUUGGCAUUUCAGGAAGAUGUCAAACGCUCAGAAGAGUCAAGUGCAGCUGAGGCAGUGAGAUUGAAAUUUUUCAAAGGAGUGUCAGAGAGUGAUUUUCGAAAACAAGCUGAUAAAAUUAUCCUAAGGGAGGGAUUCCUGGAAUGUUUGGCUAAAGUUAGAGAGCAUGGCAUACCAGUGGAAAUAGUGAGUGUGAAUUGGACUGGAAAAAUGAUUGACGAGACUCUACGCAGAAACGGCUAUACAGGUGACUGCAUACAAAUUUCAUCAAAUGAAUUCGAAUUUGAUGCUGAUGGUGUUUGUACUGGGGAUCUCUACAGAGGAAAUCCUCUCACCAAAGAUGGUUUGCGAACAGGUGCUGAUAAGCUCAAAAUCACUGAAACUUUGAUAGAAGAGCAUCAUAAGGUUUCCAAAAAGGAGGUCGUGUACAUAGGAGAUAGCUCCACUGAUGUCUUGUCGAUGAUCAAAGCAGACAGGGCUAUAAUCAUCAAAGGAGGAUCCGCGAUUAGCGUCCUUGAGGCUUUGGGCCAUGAGGUAACAGAUGGUGAUGCUGAUAGAACACCCUCGAGGUUCAGUGCGGUCUCAGAUUGGAAGAAUUUGCUUUGA